GGCGAGCCAUGCCGAGCGUCGGCGUGAAGAUCUACAGCGUCUUCUUCAAGCUCUGGCUCCGCCACCGCCUCCAGUCCCUCGCCGCCGCCGCCGGGGCCGCCGACCCUGACCCCGCCGCGGCCGCCUUCGGGGUCUCCUGCCGCCCCGACGAGGCCACCGCGCCCGCGAACCCGGUCUUCUCCGCCGCCGACGGCGUCGCCUCCAAGGACCUCCACAUCGACCCCAACUCCUCGCUCUCCGUCCGCAUCUUCCUCCCCACGCUCCCGCCGCCGUCCCACCACGCGCACCUCCUCGCCCACCCGCGCCGCGCCAGCGACCCAACCCCGGCCCCCGCCUCCAACGGCGCGCCGUACCGCGGGUACCUCCCGCACGCCGUCUCCUCGCCGCGCGCCCCGGCGUCGGCGCGGCGGAGGCUGCCCAUCGUCGUGCAGUUCCACGGCGGCGGGUUCGUCACUGGGAGCAGCAGCGCCGCGGCAAACGACGCCUUCUGCAGGAGGGUGGCCAAGCUCUGCGACGCCAUCGUCGUGGCGGUGGGGUACAGGCUCGCGCCCGAGAGCCGGUACCCCGCCGCGUUUGAGGACGGGGUCAAGGUGCUCAAGUGGAUCGCCAAGCAGGCGAAUCUCGCCAUGAUGAGCAAGGUCGGGAGUGGUGUGGACACAUUCGGUGCGUCCACUGUUGAGCCGUGGAUUGCUGCACAUGGUGAUCCUGCAAGAUGUGUUCUGCUUGGUGCAAGUUGUGGUGCCAAUAUUGCCGAUUAUGUCACUCGGAAGACGGUAGAAGAUAGCAAGCUAUUUGACCCGAUUAAGGUUGUUGCACAAGUUCUGAUGUAUCCCUUCUUCAUAGGGAGUGUUCCGACACACUCGGAAAUAAGGCUUGCUAAUUCAUAUUUCUAUGACAAGUCCACAUGCAUACUUGCUUGGAAAUUAUUUUUGUCAGAGAAAGAGUUCAACCUAGACCACCCUGCGGCCAACCCUCUGGCUCCUGGAAGAGGAGGCCCACCACUGAAGUGCAUGCCGCCGACCUUGACAGUCAUUGCUGAGCAUGACUGGAUGAGAGAUCGAGCAAUUGCUUACUCUGAGGAACUCCGCAAGGUUAAUGUCGACUCACCAGUUCUCGACUACAAGGAUACAGUUCAUGAGUUUGCAACCCUGGAUGUGUUCCUAAAGACGCCACAGGCCCAGGCCUGUGCUGAGGACAUUGCCAUUUGGAUGAAGAAAUACAUAUCCCUCAGAGGGCAUGAGUUCUCGUAUUAGUUGUAGCAAAGAUCACGCAUGUGAAAUAGACUCUUUACGGGGAAGCAUCAAUAUGUUCUUUUUUCAACUGGUGGUCAAAGGGAUGCUGGAUUAUAGUCUGAGUAACCAGUUAGCUUAAUGUGAGUACUGAGUCCUUUGGUGAUUUUUAUCAAAGAAAUGUAGUGUGCAAAGUUGUAGAACGUACUCAAAACGAUGCUCUUCCCCUUGUAGAGCUCAAUUCUUUCAUUCCUUUUGUACCCUCUGUGUAUUAUGGAAUUACUGGUGCUUGAAGUUACCAUUUUUUGAGAAAAGAUAUAUCGUUCUCAGUGGUCCAG